UGGCAAAAUUUUCAAUAAAUUUGAUAUAUUUUCAUUUACAAUUUACUUUUUUCAUUUUGUUAGACUUCACAAACAAUUUGCUCUGUUAAACUCGAUUUUGUUGUUUAUGUGUUUCCACUAGUCAACCAUCAUAACUGUUUGGUUUCAUUAUGGAUGAAAGUGACGGAGAACAUGAUAAUUUAGCUCAGCCGACUGCUUUGCCGGUCUCUAAUAUUACGAAUUUUGAUCCUUCUGUUCCUCCUUCAAGUGGUGAAGAGUAUUUAAAAAGAGUUCAGUUAGAAGCUAAAAGCUAUCCUGAUGUUACCAUUGCUAAAUCACUCAAACAUCCUAAAUCUGGUCAUUCAAAUUAUUCUAAAUCAUACGGAUUACUUGCAACAGAAAGAUUCAUCAAAGCAGAACCAGAAAUAUGCCAAUCUCAAGUCUGGGCAGAUGAUACUAUUAGAUGUUUCAAGAGCAUUCGAGAUAAAGUUGCCGAAGCUCGCGAAUCCUUCAGUAAUGGAUUACAUUUAAAAGAUGUAGAAAAAACUCCUCAUUUUCGUGAUUUGCAGCUCUGGAGGAAAAUUAUAUUGGGCAAUGCUGAAGAAUCGGAGGAAAAAAAUUGUGAAUCUGAUUCGGAAAUUAAAGUUGUUUACAAAACUAAUGGUGGCAAGGGUCCACUACUUUCAACUAUAUUACAAUUCCCGCAAGUGGCCGUUAUUGAUUUUUUAGAAACCCUUACGUGCUGGGUUAAAAAGUAUGGUUGGUGUCACCAGUUAGCUGUCUGGAUAUACUCUUUACUUGCUUGUUUGGACAUACCCUUGCAUAGUGAAACUGUUUCUGUGAUACGAGAAUUAUCUAGAGCUUGCAGCAUAAUAAGAGCCAAACAUAAACAAAUUGAAGAUAAAUCUCUUGUUACCUCUCUUAAUUUGAUAAUUUGUAUCAUUGGGCUUUUCUUUGGCCAAUUGGAUAUUACAGAUGAUUUCAUAAAAACAUCAGAAUAAACUAAUCUUUUUAUUAAA